GGCGGCAGGCGGCGAGCACUGCACUCGCAGCAGGGACGCGGUUUGAAAUCCGAUCCUAGUUAAUUUUUUUCCCUCUCUCCAGAGCCCGGUGCUCAAACUGUUAGUGGGAGUCUGUGAGCCAAGCUUUCACACAGCACCAAACGCCCCGCACUUCACAACAGACCCAGCGGCGCAGCGGAGCAGUUGUGUCCGGACAGCGCAGCGGAGAAGAGCGCAGCUUCUUCCGUAGGACCCCGAGACCCUCUUACAAGCCAAAACUACACUGGUGCUCCUUUAGAUGACACAGUCUUAGUGUGGUUUUGAUACACUUUUCAGCGGUUUAAGGACUGGACAGAGUCGGACAGCUCAAGGCUGUGUGGUGAAUACGGCUUCUCCUCAAACACUCCAUUGACUUCAAGUCUGUUCAGAUUUCCUUCACGACUGGAUUUGGAAACUUCUGUGAAUUUGGAUGAUUUGCCCCCCUCAAUGUGAUUGACGAAACAUCUGGAAACCUCGCAGACCAAGCUUUCUCAAAAAGCCGAUAAACAUAUUUUAUUUGCAUCUCGAAAAGGAUUACUGUCAAGAAGGAAUUUGGUGGGGGACGGGAGCAUUUCAGACAGGAGUGUGUUUGUGUGUGGGUGGCAGCGCUACAUUGACAGCAUGUGUGGAACGGUGGAGGAUGUCUGAGUUUGGUCUCUGUGGAGAGGACACUCGUCCCCGCGUCACUCAGCCCGGGAUGGUCCCGCUCUGUCUCCUUCUGUACCUCGCAGCCCUCAUCUUUCCUCCGGUGUACAGCGCCCACCUGCUGUCCCCAGAGCCCACAGACUGGGUGUCGAGCGAGGUGGAAGUGUUUCUGGAGGAUUACGUGGCAGGAGUCGGGGACACCGUGGAUCUGUCCUGCACACCGCGCGACUUCCUGGUCCCCAUCGUGUGGCAGAAAGACGGCGACGCCGUGUCUCCUAGCAACCGUACGCGGGUGGGGCAAAAAGUGCUCCGUAUCAUCAAUGUCUCCUAUGAAGACUCGGGGGUGUAUUCCUGCAGACACGCCCACAGCAGCACGCUGCUAAGCAACUACACCGUCAGAGUCACCGAUUCGCUGUCCUCUGGUGAUGAUGAGGACUAUGAUGAAGAUGAGGACGAUGCAGGUAAUGGAAAUGAAGCUCCAUACUGGACCCGUCCCGACCGGAUGGAGAAGAAGCUUUUGGCCGUUCCCGCCGCCAAUACAGUGAAGUUCCGCUGUCCCGCUGCCGGCAACCCCGCUCCCACCAUCCACUGGCUGAAAAACGGGAAGGAAUUCAAGGGAGAGCAGAGAAUGGGCGGGAUUAAAUUGAGGCAUCAGCAGUGGAGUUUGGUCAUGGAGAGUGCCGUUCCAUCCGACCGGGGAAACUACACGUGUGUGGUGCAAAACAAAUACGGGACAAUCAGACACACUUACCAACUCGACGUGCUGGAGCGCUCUCCUCACCGGCCCAUCCUACAGGCGGGGCUCCCGGCCAAUCAGACAGUGGUGGUGGGCAGUGACGUCGAGUUUCACUGUAAGGUGUACAGUGAUGCUCAGCCACACAUCCAGUGGCUCAAACACAUCGAGGUGAAUGGAAGCCAGUAUGGGCCCAAUGGCGCCCCCUACGUCAACAUCCUUAAGACUGCGGGAAUAAAUACUACGGAUAAAGAGCUGGAGAUUCUCUACCUGACCAAUGUGUCUUUUGAGGAUGCGGGGCAAUACACUUGUCUGGCAGGGAACUCGAUUGGCUAUAACCAUCACUCUGCCUGGCUUACAGUGUUACCAGCGGUGGAGAUGGAGAGAGAGGAUGACUAUGCGGACAUCCUCAUCUACGUGACGGGCUGCGUGCUCUUCAUCCUCACCAUGGUCAUCAUUAUCCUCUGCCGCAUGCGGAUGAACACGCAGAAGACUCUCCCCACGCCGCCCGUUCAAAAACUGUCCAAAUUCCCCCUCAAGAGACAGGUGUCCUUGGAAUCUAACUCUUCCAUGAAUUCAAACACCCCGUUGGUCCGGAUCGCCCGACUGUCAUCCAGUGACGGGCCCAUGCUGCCCAACGUUUCUGAGCUUGAACUGCCCUCUGACCCCAAGUGGGAGUUUCCACGUACAAAACUAACGCUGGGAAAGCCGUUGGGAGAGGGUUGCUUUGGGCAGGUAGUUAUGGCUGAAGCCAUUGGGAUUGACAAAGAGAAACCCAACAAACCUCUCACUGUUGCUGUCAAGAUGCUUAAAGAUGACGGCACAGACAAGGACCUGUCGGACCUUGUGUCUGAAAUGGAGAUGAUGAAGAUGAUUGGAAAACACAAAAACAUCAUCAACUUGUUGGGGGCAUGCACACAAGAUGGUCCUCUGUAUGUGCUGGUGGAAUAUGCCUCUAAAGGGAAUCUUAGGGAAUACUUGCGGGCGAGAAGACCUCCUGGGAUGGACUACUCAUUUGACACUUGUAAAAUCCCAAAUGAAACUCUUACAUUUAAAGAUCUGGUGUCCUGCGCCUAUCAGGUCGCCAGGGGUAUGGAGUACCUGGCCUCAAAGAAGUGUAUCCAUAGGGAUCUUGCGGCCCGGAAUGUUCUGGUAACCGAGGACAACGUGAUGAAGAUUGCAGACUUUGGCCUGGCUAGAGAUGUGCACAACAUUGACUACUACAAGAAGACCACCAACGGUCGUCUGCCCGUCAAAUGGAUGGCACCAGAAGCACUGUUCGACCGCGUCUACACGCACCAGAGCGAUGUGUGGUCUUACGGAGUGUUGUUGUGGGAGAUUUUCACACUGGGCGGCUCACCGUACCCAGGUAUCCCAGUGGAGGAGCUCUUUAAACUGCUGAAGGAAGGUCAUCGGAUGGACAAACCUGCCAACUGCACUCAUGAACUAUACAUGAUUAUGCGCGAGUGUUGGCACGCUGUUCCUUCACAAAGACCCACGUUCAGACAGCUGGUGGAGGAUCACGACAGGGUUCUUUCCAUGACCUCCACUGACGAGUAUCUGGACCUGUCAGUGCCGUUUGAGCAGUACUCCCCUACCUGUCCAGACUCCAACAGCACCUGUUCCUCCGGCGACGACUCUGUGUUCGCUCACGACCCUUUACCCGACGAGCCCUGCCUCCAAACAUCACCUCCACAGCAACGGAGUCAUACGAACAUAAGGACCCAUGACAGAAACAGUGGUUUGUGGGGGACCUUCCAGGUUCGCUGCACUGGACCGGCAUGUGGCGGCAGUGCGGACGAGGCUCUCCUGGUGCAGUGUGGAUCUCAUGAAACGCUCAGAGAGAAGCUUCAGACUUCCAACUGUUCACAGGUCUGAAGGAUGGAUUACGGAUCCUUCAGCUCCUGUUCUUCCAAAUCAUUAUUCAGCUUUUUGUCUUUGAAAAGAGAAUUCCUAUUUUUGUAUUCGGCCAGUUUCGUUUUUUCCUUCGCGGGGUCAAACCAUUCCGUGCCUACCAAAAACAGACAAAUUGCUGGACAGAAACAAAAGAACGGAUCGACACUGUGUAUCAGCACAGUUCUGAAGCGACAAAGUCGAGGUGUUUUUACAGCAAUAUCCGACUGGAGUGAGAAUCAAACCCAUGGCCAGUCUCUCUUCUCCACUCCUCACAAAGAACAUUUUUCAUUCUUUUUUUAAUAAGAAAGAGAGUAAGGUCUCCUAGAUGUGAGAUUUAACUAGAAGAUAUAUAACUGUGUGCUUUGUAUGUAUCUUAAAAGUUUUUAUUGUAAAUAUAUAGAUAUAAAUAUGUAUCAUAUUGCAGUCGGUAGCAGUGUACUUAAAAAAGAGAGAGAAACAAACAAAAAAAGAAAGAAUGACAUUUUAAGCAAGUGAGCAUACACUGUUGAGAUCAUGUAAACAUUUAAUCUUAAAAAAGCAAAACUAAAGUUUUAUUUGAAUUAACAUGUAUAUUUGUAAAGCUAUUUAUAGACGUAAGGUUUUUAAAGGGGUCUAAAAUUAUAGUCGGGUUUUGGUACUGUAAACAAAGGUUUUUCUUUUCAAUUUUGUAAGUUAUUUACCACAGAAGUGCAAGAUUUCAACCCGUGGGUUGUGUUUUAUUUUUUGCUUGUUUUCUUCCAUUUCUUCGUUUACGGUGACAAGAAUGUAUGAGAAACGAAUUGGGUCAAAUUCAGAAAUGAUGAAUUCUAAACACGAAAUACGCCAGAAGUUGCUUAUCCCGUAUCUCAGUAUUGAAUUCAAUGAUAAAAGGACCACAAGUGCUUCUGAUCUUCAUGAGGAAACUGCACCGGACUCACACUUUAAGCACUUUUCAUCCUUUUGGUGUAAAAACUCCAUAUUUGGGCUUCCAUAAGCAGAUCCGUUCACUACAGUAUUUCAAACAAAACAGUGUUGGUUUUCUCCAAUUCUAAGCGCUGUGGUCUUUUCAUCCAGCUCUAUGAUAUGAAGGAGUGCUAUGUGUGGGUAAAACCCAGCAUGGCACAUACAGUAGACGUAUGGUUAAACCAUUUUACGAGUUUGUCGCUCUUAUGUGCUUUUUUGCUAAUGAAUAUGUAUAAUAACAUUUUGAGGUAAUCCUCGGGGUCGGUAUGUUUGCGAAGUGCCAAAAUCUUUCUCUCUGCUCUGAGUUUUAUGUUAAUGAGUGCAGAAGCGUUAUUGCUAUUCAACUCUAGCGUGCAUGGUUGUCAGAUGUGUGUCUCUGGCCCUGCGAAUCGAAGCGAAGCAUUAUGGGAUAGCUUGGUCGUGUCUCAGGGUGUCCUCAGACAAUUGCAUUCAAGCAGAAAGCUGGCAAUAAUAUAUAAUGGGGGGCAAAAAGAGGAUGAUUCGCUUGCUGCUAAACUACGAAAACUGUAGAUUUGAUAGGAGGUGACUGUACAGGUGCCGAGCGAAGCAGUCGCUCCCUCCUCCUGCAAACCAUUGAAUUUUUGUACUUGUCAAGUGCCUGGGAGGGAGUUGAGUGGCUGAAUAUUACGGCGUACGGUUUGAAUGUACGGCCACGUCAAUAAGCAGGGUGUUUCUUCGAACGAGGAUGUGAAUAUUUGUGCGAGGCACUUCGUUACCUUGAUUCUCAGAUUGGCGUCGUUCUGUCAUUUCUUCUUCCGGCUUGAGGGACAUCGUGUUCUGUUAGAUACAGUGUUUGUCCGGUUAUUCGUUUACUGUUUGGUGUGGGAUGGCAGGGCAAGCGUUCGCUCUCAGCUUUGUUUUUGUUGUACAACCUGUAACCUCUGGCUCACCUCCGCAUCCUCCGCUCUACUACUGACAGCCCUUUUGCAUUGUUUCAGACAUAUCAAACAAUGUCGCUGGUCCCUUUCCCUCGUCACAAAUCCACAUUAUUUAUUUCCUCGUAUUUAUGUUUUGUUUUUAACGUCAUCCGUUUGCUUUCAUGACCUUCUCUUGUUCAAAAGGACGGCAUUCCUUCGUGCUCGUGUGUGUUUUGGGAUGGAGGUAGAGCCGGGAUGCGUUUAGAGGUUGAAGAAAGUUUCCUAAAUGUUUACAAUGAGCAUCCAGACAGUUUCAAAGGACGUUGUGUUUCCCAGCACUUUUAAAGCGGCUGGAUGAUGAGCAAUACUGGUCUGAUGUCGACACACUUUUGUUCUUUUCCUCUUAAGCUCUAUUUGAUAGUGCCAUUCAGCUCUUAUUAGAAUUAAGAUAUUAAAUUAAGUUAUAGAUUUAAAUUUGCAAAUGAUUGUUAUAUGUCGAGUAGAUUUUAUAUAGGUGUGUUUUCGUUUUGUUUUGUUUUAAAUAGGGAUGAAAGCUUCUUUACAGUAUUUUCUUAAACGGUGCAUUCCAGGUAGAUUUCUUUUCUUUAUGCGGCGAGGUAACGCGUUUGCAGAAUUCAAGAAUUCGUUUGGCAUCUGCAUCCCCUCUCUGUUUAACAAAAGAAUGGAAUAGUUGACUAACAGUGUUUUGUGUUCUUUUUCCAUAUCUCUGUAUCUGUGGAACAUUCCGUUCUGUUUCAGUUGUGCCCCUUUGGAGCUGUUGAACCUCUUUACACUCUAUCAGUCUGUGCCUGACGGAAUUAUGCUGUCAAUCAAAACCUUUUCAAUAAACACAACAAAACCAGUG